CUCCUCCCUUCCAUACAAAUGCCCAGAGCUCAGCGAGACGACUGUCCUGUGCGUGCUCCGCCUCUUUCCACUUUCCAACCCGUGGUUUCAUUCAUCAGUUUGCGGCGCCUCCGAUCGGAGCACCGCCGGUAUUAUCCAUUAUUCACUAUUCAUACAUACAGCAAGUUGCAGUUGCAGCACAGCUCCAUCCAUCCAUCUAUACAAGAAGAGGUAGCAAGCAGGUAUCUGGGCGCCUCCGGCUCCAGGAAGUGGCUGCUCGCCAUGGACGGCGGCGAGAGGCCGGCGACGACGAGCCACAAGGCGCCGCACCCUUUCGUACCGGACGGCGAGCUCGUGGAGCUGCUGUGGCAGGACGGCGCUGUCGUGGCGCACUCACAGGCGCAGGCGCACCACCACCACCACCACCACUACCGGCGGCCGCUGGUCCAGGUCGCCGCCGGCAACACGGGCGCCAGCGGCGUCACCGGGGAGCAGGCGCCCGCGCUGCCGUGGCUCCCGUGCAGCGGCGGUGCGAUGGGCGGGGACGUGUACUCGCAGCUCUGGCAGAGCAUCGCGCAGGCCGACGGCCGCGUGGUGGGCGCCGACGCCGUGGCGGGCGCGCCCCGGCCGCCCGCCAGGAGCGGGAACAGCGGCGUCGGGUCCAGCCGGACGGCCGGGCAGGAGGUCGGCUCCAGCUUUAGCGGCAGCAACCUUGUCGCCGCGGCGAUGCACCUGGACGACGACAUCGACGACGUCGGCGUCGCCGCCGCGCUGCCCGUGCCGCUGGACGACCCGGCCACGGCCACGGGCGCCGGUGCCGGCGCGUCCACGUCCAGCGGCUGGAACAGCAAUGCGCCGCUGCACAAGAGGAGCAGGGACGAGUUCGACGAGGACGCCGACUUGGACACCGUCGACGAGACCCCGCCGUCGUCGAGGGACAGGCGGCCGGCGUCCAACAAGCGCAGGACGCGCGCAGCCGAGGUCCACAACAUGUCUGAGCGGAGGAGAAGGGACCGGAUCAACGAAAAGAUGCGAGCUCUGCAGGAACUCGUGCCUCACUGCAACAAGACUGACAAAGCGUCGAUACUAGAUGAGGCAAUUGAGUACUUGAAGUCCCUCCAAAUGCAGGUUCAGAUCAUGUGGAUGUCUACUGGGAUGGCGCCGAUGAUGAUCCCCGGUGCUCACCAGCUCAUGCCGCCGAUGACCAUGGGCUUGAAUUCAGCGCGGAUGCCGCCACCGGCUGUGCAGUUCCUGAGCCAGAUGCAGAGGGUACCACCACACUUUAUGAACAACCCGUUGCUGAAUCAGAUGCCUCAGAUGUUACCCCCUCCUACAAAUGCACCCAAUGUAACUGACCAAGCUCAAAGCAACCGCAUGGCACUGCCGAGAAAUCCCUUCCUUCAUCCUAAUGAUAGUGAUGCACUGACAACACCGCAUCAGGUGCCAAGUUUAUUUGGCUAUGGACCACAGAUGGUACAGGUGAAUGAGAUUCAAGAGCUACUGACCAGCACUGCAGCGCCGGCUUUGGGGACCGACCUACCGUCAUCCUCUGAUGGAACUGGAGCAUAAGACCACCACAGGUCCACACUACAGUAAGGUGUUUUUCCAGUGAUGAACACCGUCAAGCACACGCGGCUAGGGGGAAUGAAUGAACAGAAGAAGUCAGAGCACGCAGGUGGUCCUCCUACAAGAAUCAAUUUGGAUUAUUAAGACGCACGCAGCGCGUUCUAAGCCCAUGACCAGGCAGAUCGUGCAAGCUUGAUCAUCUGGGAACCUCUGAGCAGCCAACACGCGGCGGCAGCGACACCAUGCCGACAUGAUGAUACGGCUCUUAUCUGAAGAAUAAAUAGUGCUGGGGACUUGACCAUCACCUUUCUGUUUGUGGAAGGACUCGAUCGGUCUACAGGGGUCGAACUCGGCAAGGCCAUCAGGAGAGGAGACGCGCGCACUCCUGCUGAUGAUGCUGUGGCGGACGUGGUGGAUGAUGGAGGUGACAUGCUUGAUUAGAUUGGUAGCUAGCAAAUCUCAGAAGCACAAUGAUACAGCACAAUGCAAGAGUCGCAGUUCCUCUCCUCUUUUCGCUGAUGUUACACUUGAAGCACUGUUACAUUUGUGCCUGAUUUGAUUAGGCUCUGUGCAGUUGUCUGGUGAGUUCUGCAAGGGCAAGAACUGGUCUCCUUCUUUUACCGGUAGACUAGGUUACCGGCUGUAACUAGAAAUUUACUAGGGUUCUCUCAGAGUUAAUACAUGUAUGAAAAUUUCAUUUUGAGAACAGCAAAAGGCCGGCCAAGAUUACUGAAUUUGUCCAAAAUUUCAUUGA